AUGGUUUUAAAUGUACUCUUUUCAACAGUUCCCGGGAAACGCGUGGAACAUUUGGGGGUGAAAAUCGAGCUCAUUGGACGAGUGGAAGCGUAUUUCGAUCGGUCCGGUCGCGAAGGCGACGGGGAUUUUCUUUCUAUUUUGCGCGAAAUUGAACCUCCCGGGACGCUUUCGGAACCAAUCUCGAAACCGUUUUCGUUUAAAUCGGUGGAUUUUCCGAACGAGUCCUACAACGGGAAAAACGCGUCUUUGCGCGUGUUUUUGAAAGUCACGGUGGUGAGGAGUUACGCGUCGAACAUCGUCAACGAGUAUAAAUUGUGGGUGCGAAACGUGAGGGAACCGCCGGAGGUGAAUAAUUCGAUCAAGAUGGAAGUCGGGAUCGAGGAUUGUUUGCACAUUGAGUUUGAAUAUAGCAAGGCGAAGUAUCACUUGAGAGACGCGAUCAUCGGGAAAAUAUUCUUCUUGUUAGUUCGAGUGAAGAUUAAACGGAUGGAGAUUGAAAUUCGAAGAAGAGAGAUUUGUGGGUUAGGCGCGAACGCACACGGAGAGAACGAGGUGAUUGCGAAGUUUGAAGUCAUGGAAGGCGCUCCGGUGCGAGGGGAGUGCAUUCCGGUGCGUCUGUUUUUGUCUCCGUACGAUUUGACGCCGACGUAUAAGAGCGUAAACAAUAAGUUUUCGGUGAAGUAUUACUUGAACUUGGUGUUGAUCGACGACGAAGAUAGGCGGUAUUUCAAGCAACAGGAGAUUAUUCUGUACAGAUCCGAGUUGCUCUAA